AUGUCUGACCACCAGUACAAGUUCAACGUGACCAUGACCUGCGGCGGCUGCUCAGGUGCCGUAGAGCGCGUUCUCAGGAAGCUCGAAGGUGUCAAGAAUUUCGAUGUCAAUCUUGAGUCCCAGACUGCCAACGUCACCACCGAGCCGGCGCUUUCCUACGAUACCGUUCUGGCAACGAUCAAGAAGACCGGCAAGGUCGUGACUGGGGGAGAGGCCGACGGCCAGACUAUGAGCGUUUGA